GCAGUUACCUGAUCCUGUUUCUGUCUCAACAUCUGAGCUGGACACCAAGCCAACAUGACAUCUGGCACCUUUAAGGGUUUGAGGGGCUUCACGCUGACCCACCUGCUCACCCUUUUGCUGCUUGCAUCCUUUUUCUCACACUCGUGGAGCGUGCCAAAAAGCUCAUUCCAACGAAGAAACUGGACACCGCAAGCAAUGCUGUACUUAAAAGGCACACAGGGUCGUAGGUUCAUCUCUGAGGACCGAAAAGAAGGAGAUGUCUAUGACACGCUACACUUAGAGACCCGCAGUCAGAACACAGAGAAGCUGAGUGUUGAUCAGGCAGCCACGGUGCUGCUCAAGUUCCUGCAGCAGGCCAGAGAGGGAGCUGAUGAGGCCCCAGAUGAGGUGUAUUUUCAGGAGCUGCCAGUGUGGAAGAGAGAAUACUUUUGACUGCAACAAAAGCCAUCAUAUUUCAUCAUGUUUUGUGUUUGGUGUAACACUAUCAAAAUGUUGCAUUGUAAAUAUGAAUUCUCUCACUGUGUUUAAAUUAAGGUUUUAAUAAACAGUUGGGGAUUAUUGCACUUGUAAGCGCUGCCUAUUCAUACAAUCUGCAUCCAUUAAUGACUGUGAAAGUCAUAAGUUUCACAAAAUAUGCAUGUACACUGCAGUGAUAAACUAUUUACUUUCUUA